GCAGCUAAGGUGACCCUGGGCUCGAGGUUGAAAAGCCGAGACUAUGAGUUGUAGUAAUGAUCAGGAAGAUGAGCGAGAAGUUCUCCGUUCUAUCUUUGAAGCAGAUGAAAACUUUAUAGAGGUCAACAGCACAACCUUCCAAUACAAGUUUGGGGAAGAUGGGCACGCUAAAUCGUUCUUGUUGGAAAUCUCGUGGCCCUUGGAUUAUCCGACAUGUCUUCCAAAUAUUAACUUAGAUGCCUUUUAUAACAAACAUAUCACCUCUGAGGUGAAAGAAACUAUAACCUACCAAAUUAAAGAACAAUGUGAAAUAUGCCUCGGAACUGCCAUGACAUACUCGAUAUUUGAUUGGGCUAAGGAACACUUGCAUGAGCUUUUGGAAGAUAAUCAAGUGCAGGAAGAGGAAAGAAAAGUGCAACAAAUACCAGAAGAAGAUUCAAACACUCAGUCAAGGAAAAAAGACAAGAAAGAAAUAUUGACAAAAGCACAGAAACGCCGCCUUGCUGAUAGGACUAAUUUUAAAGGAGAAAGAGAGAGGGGAUGGAACUGGGUAGAUGUUGUGAAACAUUUAAGUAAAACAGGUGGUAAAGACUAAUGACAAACACUUGGACUUGGCAUUAUUCAUAUGGUCAACUUUGUCUAAAUCUCAUGAUCACCUCCCAAAGUUAACUACAACUACUUGAUAUAUAAGCUGGAAUUAAAUAUUCCUGUCCUGGAAAAUUCAAGUAAAGACAAUGUUUUCAAAUGUA